UUUCUUGUUGUUUUGUUAUCUGUUUAAUUAAUUUAAUUAUGAUUGUGUUGAUCAUUUUAUCAUCAACAUGUUGAUUUUAAUUGUAGGGUUAAUCAAUUCUCUAUGGUGAACUUUUGGGUUUAAUUAAUUUCCUUCAUUAGAUUGUUAAUUCUUAUUGUUUCUACCUCGUAACCUUGUAAAUCUUUUGUUUCAUCAUUAAUUGUAUUUACAAGGCAAGGUAGUGUUUCUGUUUUGUCAAUUCGUGUUUCAAAUCAACAUUGACCUCAAAUUUUGAUCAUUUUUGUUGUUAAUUUUUAUCCUAAAUUUAAUUUAAUUGUUACCCAUUUAUUCAUUUAACUUUGUUUUCUUGUAUUCUAUUGGAAGUGUUCACUUUUACUUGUCAUAUUCAGUCAAAGUAUCAGCAUCUCAUUCAGCUCUCAUUAAUUUGUUUGUGUUUAAAUUUAUUCGACCUAAUCUGGUCAAUUAUUAGUUGAAAGAUCUGAUAAUUUUUUCUAAAUUACUUUAUUCAAAUGGAUUUGUAACUAUAUUUACAAAGUAAUCUCAAUAUGCCUAAUCUAAGAGAGUAUGUGGACCGAGCUAGAGACCAAGCCUCAUCUAGAAUCCAAAUCAUCGGAGUUUAUAUCACUACUUUCCUUGAUUCAUUUAAAACUGGUUCAAGUAGUAGUCACAAUCGACCAAGAAGACGAAGUUCAAGGCCUAGAAGGCAACACAAUCCAAUCUUAGGCCCUCCACACCUUCAAAGGACUCACAAUAGUCGCAAUUACUACAAUCAUAGUUCAACUAGACAUCAUCUCGCCUCAAGUUUCUUUGAUUCAAACCGAUGUGGUGAGAGGAACUUGUGGGCUGCAUUAAUGAGUUUAUUGGUCAUUGCAACACUUUCAGCAGCUAUUGCUCAACCUAAAUGGUUUCGUAUAAGAGGUGGACGUUGUGAUCGCGUUUAUAUAGGAUUACAGGAACUUUAUAUCGAACCAUUUACCUUCAUUCCACACAAUUAUGGUUUAGCAAGUAAUAGUGUUAAUAAGGAGGAAAUACGAGGAAAUACAAAUAAUAUCAUUGAAAGACAAAAGAUAAAGGCUUCCCUUCAGCCUAAAGGUGAAGCCAAGAUUUUAUCUGGUAACCCGAAUAACAAUGGCUCGUUGCUCCAACGUCAAGGGUCAAUUAAUCGUGAUUUGACAGAAAGUAUCUAUCCAAGUAUCUCGGUGAAAAGUGGUCGAGCUCAUAUCAGCUGUAUAACCCCUGAAAUUGGUCAUUUACGAAGGACGAUAAUUAUUUUAUGCUUUUCAAGUCUAUUACUCAACUUAUUUCAAUUUUUUCUUGACACCUUGGGUACAAAACGAAAAAUUCUUGAACAUAUGAGGCGUCAUGCAUUAGCCAAUUUAAUUGGUGUUGUUUCUUGUAUAUUUACACUUGGCUUUGCUUAUUUGGUUGCUGAUUUGUUAGAGAAAGAACAAAGAAGACGAGUAAACAAAGCUCAUUUUUUAAAUUGGAAUAAUGAACAUCCACCCAAUGUGGAAAUUCACUUCGAAAUCAGCUAUUAUCUAAUUAGUCUCGCUGGGCUUCUUGGUUUAAUCGCUGCUGCUUGUAACCUUCUCGCUAAACCCAAACCUUACUUUUUCUCAUCUUCUCUCUACUUUUCGCCUCCCUAUGAUUCUGAAGCAAACAAUUUACUUGAGGAAACAAUCUCACCUCGCUGGCAAUCUCCCCCUCCACCACCGCCGACUUUAUCAGCUAUGGUUCCUCCAAACUCGAUGACUUUACCUCCACCUCCACCAUACUCACCCUAAAGAGAGGAGACGAAUAUCAAUUAUUUAAAACAAUUAAUCAACGUGACAUUUGAUUCACUUUAAUGAAAAUGGAGUCACAAUUCAUCAGCUUGUAUUAUGCUUGUUAUUUUUCUUGAUAAUAAUAAUGAUAUUUAUUUAAAUGAUAAUUGACGGAUUGUUAAGUAACAGAAAAGAAAAGAAAAUUGAUUCAAUUAAUUGCUCUUUUCUUCUAAAUGAUUUGGACAACAUUAAGAUUUUGGUUCCUUGAUUAAGGUGAUUAAAAUUAUUUCCAAAUGA